GGGUGCGUGAAGUCCAAGUUCCACCUGCCAAGAGGCAAGGUCUCAAAAACUGAGCCUGGCGGUGCCCUGCAAAACCCCAUGUGCAUGAUGGAUCCCACAUCCUUGGAUAAGCGGGUGAGUGGGAAUGGCAAUGGAAACAUGCCAGGGUCCUCAGAAGGCUCUGAGGACUUCAUCGUGGUUGCCCUGUAUGAUUACGAGGCCAUUCACCGAGAAGACCUCAGCUUCCAGAAGGGGGACCAGAUGGUGGUCCUGGAGGAGUCUGGAGAGUGGUGGAAAGCCCAAUCUCUGGCCACCCAGAAAGAGGGCUACAUCCCAAGCAACUAUGUUGCCCGUGUUAACUCUCUGGAGACAGAAGAGUGGUUCUUUAAGGGCAUCAGCCGUAAGGAUGCAGAACGUCACCUCCUGGCCCCUGGCAAUGUCUUGGGUUCCUUCAUGAUCCGGGACAGUGAGACCACCAAAGGCAGCUACUCUCUGUCCGUGCGAGAUUACGACCCCCAGCACAGGGAUACAGUGAAACAUUACAAGAUCCGGACCCUGGAUAGUGGGGGCUACUACAUUUCCCCACGAAGCACCUUCAACACCCUCCAGGAGUUGGUAGCCCACUACAAGAAGGGGAAAGAUGGGCUCUGCCAGAAGUUAACAGUGCCCUGCGUGUCCUCCAAGCCCCAAAAGCCAUGGGAGAAAGAUGCCUGGGAGAUUCCCCGAGAGUCCCUCAAAAUGGAGAAGAAACUUGGAGCAGGACAAUUUGGGGAAGUCUGGAUGGCCACCUACAACAAGCACACCAAGGUGGCUGUGAAGACGAUGAAGCCAGGGAGCAUGUCGGUGGAGGCCUUCCUGGCCGAGGCCAAUCUGAUGAAGAGCCUGCAGCACGACAAGCUGGUGAAGUUGCACGCUGUGGUGACAGAGGAGCCCAUCUACAUCAUCACAGAGUUCAUGGCCAAAGGAAGUCUGCUGGACUUUUUGAAAAGUGAAGAAGGCAGCAAGCAGCCCUUGCCCAAACUCAUUGACUUCUCAGCCCAGAUUGCAGAAGGCAUGGCGUUCAUCGAGCAGAGGAACUACAUUCAUCGAGACCUUCGAGCUGCCAACAUCUUGGUUUCCGCAUCCCUGGUGUGUAAGAUCGCCGACUUUGGCCUGGCGCGGAUCAUUGAGGACAAUGAGUACACAGCUCGUGAAGGAGCCAAGUUCCCCAUCAAGUGGACAUCUCCUGAAGCAAUCAAUUUUGGCUCCUUUACCAUCAAGUCAGACAUUUGGUCCUUUGGUAUCCUGCUGAUGGAGAUCGUCACCUAUGGCAGAAUCCCUUACCCAGGGAUGUCGAACCCAGAGGUGAUCCGAGCGUUAGAGCGUGGAUACCGUAUGCCUCGACCAGACCACUGUCCUGAGGAGCUCUACAACAUCAUGACACGCUGCUGGAAGAACCACCCAGAGGAGCGACCCACCUUUGAGUAUAUCCAGAGUGUGCUGGACGACUUCUACACAGCCACAGAGAGCCAGUACCAACAGCAGCCAUGAUCGGGCAGGAC